AUGAGUGGCUCCCUUACCGCCCGUGAGCGCGGGAAUCCUCCUCCUCGGCGGAAGUCCUGCGGUGCAUGCAUCAAGGCCAAACGACGGUGCGACUUUGCCUUGCCCGCGUGUUUACGAUGCUCGCAACGCAAUCUUCCUUGUGAAUAUCCGCAGCGUGGUGGGAGGCGGAUGGUACAACGUAAUGCUGAUUCGCCUGCUGCUGCGUCUCUCUUGGAGGAACCUACUAUUUCGCCGGCUGUGCUGUCAUGUCCUUCUGCUCCGGUGGUACACUUUGACGCUGGUAUUGCUGGCAUGUUUGACAAUCUAGAUACUUCGUGUAUUGGAAUUACAGACUUUGCUUUACCUGGGUACAGCAUGGACAGCCCGUUGAUGGAACUAGUACAGCAGAAUACGUCGUUGAUGGCGCCCACGACACGGGAACUGCACAUAGAGGAAGUGAUUUCGAAGCGAUUACGAUUUGCAAUUGAUGAAAUCAAGAGAGCACCAUCACUAAUGAUUUUGGAAACACAAACACCGUGGUGUCACCCCCUGUUAUACAAAGAUGGCAUGCCCAAAUCCAUGCAAGGUCAGUUCACACAACACCAAUCCUCCAAUAUCAACACUCACAACUCACAAUUCAAAGACGCCCACGCCUCAUGCGCCCUCUACCUCGCCAAAACGCCCAUCAACGCACCCAUAAUCCUGCGCGCCAUCGACCUCCGCGUAAAAGACCUCCUCUCCUCCCCACCACCCACCACGCUCAUCGACAUCCUCGCGCACACCCAAUCCCUCAUCCUCUACCAGACCAUCCGCCUCUUCGACGGGGACAUCCACGCCCGCGCCUCCGCCGAGCGCAUCAUCCCCGACGUCGAAGAGUCAGCCAUGUGCCUCCUCGCCCACGUGCGCUUCGACCUCGAGUCCCCCGCCAAGGAACUGCCGCUGUACCCGCUCGCCCCGACGCGAGACUUCUGGAACGACUGGAUCCUGCAGGAGUCGGCGCGGCGGACCGUCCUGUUCGCCUUCUUCUUCCUGCAGGUGUAUCGGCUGGUCGCGGGGCAGAAGGGGCUCGAGUGCGAUGGGAGGCUGGGGUUGUGCCACUCGUGGACCAUGUCGGCGUAUUUGUGGAAUGCGGGGACGCCGGUGCAGUUUGCGAGGGCGUGGAGGGAUAAGAGGCAUUUUGUGGUGACGGAUGCGCAGUUUGGGGAGGUGUUGAGCGAGGCGGGGGCGGAUGAUGUUGAUCGGUUUGGGAGGAUGUGGAUUUCGAGUUUGCUGGGGAUGGAGGAGGCGGAGGGGUGGUUUGUUAGUAAGGGGGGUGCGUUGAGGAGUUUGGUGUAG